AUUUCAUACUUGUUUUUGGAGACAAGAGAUCGAGCAAGGCAAUCUUUUGUUUCUACACAUCAUGGCUUGUUGGAAUCGCCUUUUGGGGUCCGUUCUCACUUUCUGGACCAUCCUGGGUUCAAAUCACGCCUUUCCAGAUGGAGCCCCCGAAUCUGCCUGUAACAAUAUGUUGCCAGUCCAUAUUGGGGUACAGCCUCAAACGGUACCUAGUCCUUAUGAACUUUCGGUUAGUACACCAUCCUUCCAAAACGGGCAGCCAGUUAAUGUUCAGAUCCUAGGAGCUGCUUAUCGAGGGUUGUUGUUGGAAGCGCGUUCGUUUCACCCAGCCGCUGCCCUGGGGUUUUGGCAAACUCCCCCCAACAAUACCAGACUUUUACAGUGCUCUGGAAAUCUUCAAGGGGCCAUUACUCAUUCCAACACCAAUUUAAAAAUGAAUCAGAUCUACUCCUGGCUCCCACCUCCCUUACACUGUCCCCCAGUAGUUUACUUUGUGGCAACUGUGGCCCAAUCACACGACGUCUACUGGACCCAAGUCAAAUCCAAAGUGAUCUGGAGAAGUGAGUAUCACCAGAUUCCCUCUCCGAAAGCCACGGGCUCCUUCUGCAUGCCAGCCCCAGGCAUUCCUGCAAGAUUAACUCUCUUUCUUUCACUGCAGAUCCUCAAGCCACAUGUGGAGUGGAAGCAUCUGGGAGACAAUUUUCCGCUGCUACGAAAAUUGCCUGCUUGCUACUCAUGAUUUUGCUCAUCUGAUUGUUUUUCAAAAGGCCUAACCAAAGCAAUUGCCGUCUUUUUUUAACAACUGCCUUGCUUAGAAUCCUAUUUUUCUCCUCCCAAGUUUGCAACCCACGCACUUCAGGCUUGUUUUAGGUUCUGUUUUAUUUGAUUUAAUAUUAUAAAUGCUUUGAUGAAAUA